ACUUGCGCCUGCUUCCCACGCGUUGCCCCCCGCGCGCUCGUGGCCAUCGCCGCCAUUCCCAUGCGCGUGCGUACCGUCGCCUGCUACGCCUAUACCCCCUAGGAUUGGGUCUCUCGCGCUUGUCGCGUACUCGCGCGCUGCCGCGCACCUAUCGCUGCUGCUCCCCGCAUCCCGCGCGUCCUCGCCACUCCCACGAGUAUCGCGCAUGUCUCUCGUCUCCGUGUCGCUCGCGCUAUCGUCCCGUGCCUCUACCGCGCGCUCCCGUGCACCCGCUGCACCGCGCGUCCCGGCUAUUCCC